AUACUUAAAAUAUAAUAAGUGUGAACACUUUUGUGACUCGAUUGUGUGAGCGCAUUAGCAUCACUCUGUACAUAGAUAGUAUUAAUGUAAAGGAUAGUUGUCUACAAUUACGCAACAAAUAAUUCAUACUCACUCGAUUGAGACGUAAUAUUAUAUUUAUAUAUCUACAAGGGUCUAGUGAACAUUUCAUUAUUCGUGUUCGAAUUCCGACCAACGCAUGUCCAACAGUUAGUCAGAUGUAAUUGUAGAUACGAAGUCAACAUAUCAGCUGAUUCUGCUACUUCGUAAAAUGUCGAAAAUAGAACCGCCGCCACAAAGCAUGAGCGUAGCCGCACCACUCAGCCGAGAUGGGCUAGCCGCAAUGGAAGACACUGUCCCAACUACCCCGAAUGUCAUGGAGCCAAAGCAAGCAUCGACCACAGCGCUUGCCGCAGAUAUCGCCAGCGACACCCCCCCAACCACUGACUCUACUACCAUCGGUGAAGAGACGCUACAACCUUCCGAGGCGGCUGCGAGUGUAGUUGAUAUGUCUGGUAGCGCUGAUGCCGAGGCACACAGUAGCGCAGCCGCCCAUGUCACGGCGCCCGUUCAGGCUAGCAGCAAGGAUCCCAUAGCAGAACCCACCGAAAGCAGCGAGCCGGUUGUUGCCGACAACGAACUCUCGAGCAAGACGUCGCGAAACGAAACGGAGACACCCGAGGACGCCAGUGGCGCAAAGAACACGCAGUCGAUCGCUUCAGCUACGGACCCCGCGCCAGACACAGCGAACGCUCCCCACAGCGCGGACGCCAACAGCCAGGCUACAGAUGCCUCCGCAGCCGAGGUUGAAGAACCCACUUCUCGCACUGCGCACGCCGCCAAUCCUGCCGCGCCACACAACAGUACGGCGGCCAGCGCCAUACCGCUGUCGUUUAGUAAUGGACAAAUAUCCGAGAACGGCGCAGACUUCGCACGCUCUAACUCUGCGCCGCAUCACAACGGCACACCGCACGCAUGCGUACAACCACAGUGGAGCGAUGGUAGUGGCCAAACGGCCGGAGGCGUGGGCAUGCCACCCAAUCAAAUUCCACAGAUUCUCAGCAAUCCUUGGAGCACAGGGGGUGACCAGUCCUUUCCACCGAGUGCGGCCAGCUCUAGGCUGCCAUCGGCCACACCGCUCAAUCGGCAGUACUCUGAGCAGGUACCGGCCGCUGCCGGCGGUACUACCCCCGGCGCUGUGCUGAUGACUCAGCCCAGCUUGCCGUUCAUGAACAGUCUCGCGGGCAUGACCAUUUCCGACAGCGCCUUAUUUGCUGGUAAAGGAGUGGUCAAAUCAGCGUCCAACGGGACACCCUCCGCGACUGGCAGUACCCCGUCUGUUUCAGCUACGCCCACCGAUGGUGCCAGUAUGCGAGGUAGCGGGAGCCUCGACAGGGGCAGUUCGGUAUCGGCGCAGUCUAUUCAGGACGUGCAGCGCCUCGCCUUCUACGGGGCGGCGGCGACGGAUUCGGCGGUCAAUGGCAACGGCGCGUCGCCGCCGGCGUCGGUCGGCCGACGCGCGAGUGGCGUGAGCGAUAUCAGCGGCGCACCGUCCGAGAGUGGCGCCGAGAGCGCGAGCAUCCAGGCCCAGUCGGUGUCCAGUAUUGCCAGCACACAGCCGGCGUCCCCGCCGUCCGGUGGCGGUACUGCAGUGCCGGGUGCCAGUCCGAGCAGUCUGACGGAUGCUGGGCUCGUGGGUGUGGGUGGGGGUGGGGCUGCGAUUAUGCCGUCGAGGUCGUUUUCGGAGGGCACGAGCGCCACUGUAGCCGUCGACGGAUCGAAUGGGUCGCUGUCUUCACAGCAGUCGUAUGGAAAUGGAUACACAGGCUCAGCUCCAGCGCCCAACGAACCGUACGCAAUGAACGCGCUAAUGUAUGCUCGUGGUUUUGGGGCAGCCGGUGGCCCUGACGACCCACGACCACCCCAAGACUAUCCACAGCAACAUGUGGAGAUGCAUAAGCAACAGCUGAAGCUGCUACAGCAACAACAGCACAUGCAUCAGCAGCAGCAUAUGCCACAUUCGCCAAUGGCGGCGCCCAUGGGCGCGCUGCCCAUAGGCGCGCUGCCCAAGGACGCGGCGAAUGGGUGGUACGGCGCGCCGGUGAACGUACCUGCUGCUGCAGGCUCUCCCGAAGGCGAUGACAAGCACACGAGCGACAUCCGAUCACAGCCACCUCCGCAAUCGCAACCACCAGCCCCCCCCCCACCACAGCCUAUCUAUUGGAAGGACUCCCAUGGCGUCAUGUUCAGUGGCCUGGUCGGCGGACAGCCCCAGCCCGGCGGUCCCAUACUCAACGCGGCUGGUAUGCCGAUCAACAUGAACAACAUGAACUCCAUGAACGCCCCCGGCAUGCACCACCUGGGCCACCAACACAUGAUGGGCAAUCCGAACGCGUACGACAUGACGGCCAUGCAGAACAUGACCGGCAACGGUGUGGUCGUCAACCCGCAGAUGCUGUCGCUGAGUGUGGCCGCAGCCGCGGCGGCCGGGCUCAAUGGGUUUAAUGUGAACGGCAUGGGCGACGGUGUGAACCCAAGCUACGAUGCUUUCCUGGCCAGUUACAAUGCCAACGCCAUGAACGGGUAUCAGCAGUUCUUGACUCACCCUAACGGCAUGCCCAUGCACCCCCAUGCUCAUGCGCACGCGCACGCGCAUGCGCACGCGCACGCGCACGCGCACGCGCAGGCACAAGCACACCAAGUACACGGAGUAGGCGGCGACGAGCGCUUCGCGCACGAUCAGAAUGUACCAGAUAUGCGCUACGGCCCGCAUAUGGGGCGCCGAGACGGCGCGGGAAUGCGCGCCCGCACGCCCGCCAGUGGACGCGUGGUGGGGGGUAACCAGUUCAACCACAUCGCUGUUCAGAAUGGGCAUCCAAAUCAACAUGCGCAUGCGCACGCACAUGCCCAAGCACAGGCACAGGCAGCGCAUGCACACGCACGCGCACAAGCAGCGCAUGCACAUGCACAUGCACAUGCGCAUGCUCAUGCACACGCCCACGCCCACGCCCACGCCCACGCGCAGCAUCAGCAGCACGUCGGUGGAGGCAGCGGUCACCAUAACAAGAGCAAGCGCGACAUGAACGGGCAAGCGAUGUCGCACAGGGGUCGUGGGUGGCAGCGCAACGGGCCGCAGAACGGCCUACACGCGCGCGCGCAUGCCAACCAGAUAGGCAUGGGCGUCGAUGGAGACGGAAAUGCCGAACCCCGCGCGACGCGGAGCCGGCUUCUGGAAGACUUCCGGGCCAAUCGCAUGGUGGGCGUAGGGGGACUGGGAGAUCUGACGGGGUAUGUGGUUGAGUUUGCGCGAGAUCAGCACGGUUCACGGUUCAUCCAGCAGAAGCUGGAGACGGCGACGCCGACGGAGGUGCGCGCGGUAUUUGACGAGCUCAAGGGACAGGGGUACGAGCUGGUGACGGACGUGUUUGGUAACUAUGUGAUUCAGAAGCUGUUCGACUAUGGCGACGAUACUAUCAAGAGCCAACUGGUGGAGGCGUUCAAGGGGAAGGUCGUCAAGCUGUCGUUACAGAUGUAUGGCUGCCGCGUCAUACAGAAGGCGCUGCGGGCGGUUGACGAGGAAAGCCAAGAAAAACUGGUGCUGGAAUUGGAGGGGUCUGUGCUGAGGUGCAUCAAGGACCAGAACGGCAACCACAUUGUUGAUAAGAUCAAAGGCCACAUCCUUUUGAUGAGUCAGCACAAGUAUGCCUCCAAUGUUGUGGAAAAAUGUCUCAUGCACGCCACGGUCGAGCAACGCGAUGCAAUGAUUGCCGAGGUAUUAAAUGAAGCGGACGGUGAGGUGAGCUCGUUGUAUCUGAUGAUGAAAGAUCAAUACGCAAACUAUGUGGUGCAGAAGAUGCUGGACGCAGCAGGUCCAACUCUGCAUGACCAGCUGCUGGCAGCUUUAAAACCACAUGUCGUGGCGUUACGUCGGUUUCCCUACGGAAAGCACAUAAUCCUGAAAGUGGAAGAGAUGACGUAGGGUACGACGACCUAAUUGGGUGGCGAAUUUGCUAGUUACGCCUAGGAUAUUGACGUCGCAGGCCUCGCACCCACUAUAAUACAAUAUAUAUAUAUUUAUAUAUAUAUAUAUAUCAUUAUUGCGGCAUACUCCAGGCCUAGCCGUGAUGCCUCGUUAAGUACCAUAUAAGCAUAUGCGAAUUUCGAUUCCGCAGUCGUAAAAAUUCGUACUUCAGAAUUUUCAGCGGCACCAUCAAUCAAAACCAAAAAAAUGUAGUGUACUAUAGAAUAAUAAGAAGACGGGAAACUUGGAUUUUGGCAAACAGGCAACCCAUGUAUAAAGCCUAAACAAUCUAUGUAACAUUUCAUAGUCAUGUAAGUAAGCUGUCGAU